AUGGGAAAGACCUACGACAGCAUCUCCGAAGACCAGGUAACCUGGCUCAAAAAGCAGAAGGUCUUCUUCGUUGCCAGUGCGGCUGCCAAAGGCCAUGUCAACGUGUCUCCAAAAGGCUACACCGCGGGGACAUUUGCCGUUCUCUCGCCCAACAAAGUGGCUUACCUGGACUUCACUGGAAGCGGCGCGGAGACCAUCGCCCACUCUCUGCAGAACGACCGCAUAACGAUCAUGUUCGUGGCGUUUGAGGGCGAUCCCAUCAUCAUGAGGCUCUUCGGGAACAUGCAUGCUAUCCAGAAAGAUGCGGUCCCCGCCGAUCUUCGCGCAAAAUUUGGCGAGGAGUUUCUGAACAGCAACGGCUUCCGCGCAGUGAUCGUGAUUGACGUUCACCGCGUGCAGUCCUCCUGCGGCUUCUCCAUCCCCUUCUUUGACUACGUGGGAGAAAGGCCAGUAUUGAUGGACUUUUGGGCAAAGAAGACUGCGCAGGAGACGGAUGAUUAUCGUGUACUCAAGAACAGCUUCUCCAUUGAUCUGCUUCCUUCCAUUGGGCAUCGUAUGUUCAAUCCCAAGGCUCCAGUGGUUGCACCACGCUUCCGCGCUGGCUUUUGGUUCGGAUUCAAAGAUGUCACCCUCCAGGAGAGGCUCAACGCCUGGCUCCAAAGAGCCCUUGGACCUCUGAGCUGGCUCACAACAC